UGCGGUCGACUGUCAUGAGGUGAUUGCCUUCUUGCCUUCUUCUGUUGUUUACGUCUGUCUUGAGGCCUAAAAUUGCAUAGCUUUGGACACGAUUUCUUUCUUGGCGACUUGUGCAAGCCUUUUUCCUCACUUUGGUGUAUCAGAACGGUUCAAAAAGGCAAAAACCAUAAGCAGGGGACUUUAAAGCAUGACUACGUAAAGUUGAUUUGUCUUGGCAAACUCGUCAGUUUCCCAGUAGGCUGCAGCAUUGGCAAAUACGCCAUAUAAAUUCAGACUAACCCAAGACCAAUUGGUUAUAAUAGGAAUGAAUAAUGAACAUUGCCCAACUACUAACAUCAAGUACAGAUAACAUAGAAGACAAUGAGUUCUCAUAUUCUCGAGUGCAUCAUUUGUUGACUUCCAAGGCAAGGCCACCGCAGUCUGUAAACAAUAGCGGAAACAAUUCUCACAGCUUCACUAAUUCAAAGUUUGUGGACCCAUUUUGUCCUUCAUAUAGUAACAUGGGUAUCGAAAUCAGGAAUUUGCAGAAGGCUCUCAAUUUUCCUUCAGAUACUCUGUCUAAAACCAGCACUCUGACUACAAAUCUCUGGAGUAACCAAAAUAGAACUUGUCAGGUGUUCUUAACAGAUAGUGGGUACUCAUCAAAGGCUGAUGGUCAAGGCAAUGAAGAUCUAACACAAAGUGUUUUAUCCUCUAGUGAUAAAAUUAGUGGAGCUCAAGGUCCAGCUACUUUCUGUUUGGAAAACUUUUGUGACUCAAAAAUUAACUCAAAUACUGACCACUUUGACUGUAGGGGGCAUCACCUGAAUUCCACCAACUUGUUUGAAAAAAGCUUGAACACAAAGACUCACCGGUUUGACUCUAGGGGACAUCACCUGAAUUCCAGCAACUUGUUUGAAAAAAGCUUGAAGAGUUCACUGGAUGAUAGUGAGACAAAGAGAAUUUUGUUAUUGGAAAAGCUCAGGGAAGCUCACCUUACAAUUCAGAACCAAGCAGAAAAACUGGCAGGAACAGAAAGUGAGAUCUGCCUUUUACGUGGUCAGCUUAAAAGCAUAGCAAUUCAACAGGAGGGACUGCAGGAAGAGAUAGAUUGUUUAACCAUGGAAAAGAAGACCCUUGAGUUUUUCAAAUCAGAGAGCUUAAAAAAUCAUGAGGCAUUUCUGAUAAGAGUGAAUGAUUUAGAGAGGGAAUUGAAUGUUUUGACUGCAACUCACAAAACCUUGCAAGAUGAGGCUAAAAAGAAAGGAACUGGUUUACAGAAAGCAAAUAGUUAUGCUACCUUACAGGAAGAAAAUGACAAACUCCAAAAGGAUUAUAAAAAACUUUUACAAGAACAUGCAUCCAUUAGACUUCAAUUGUCAGCAAGAAUUAAAAAUGCCAAAGAGGCAAAGAACAAACAGCAUCAACUCAAACAGGAAAUUAUACAGCUGAGAAUGGAAAGAGACUUACAAUGUGGAAAAGUGAGUAUUCUUGAGGAGGAGAUCCUAAAUCAGCAGCAAAACCAUAACAACAUGAUUAAGGAACAGGAAAGACUGAUGAAAGAUAAAGCAGAGCAGGACCAGAAAAUUCAAAGGGAAAUUCAUGAUAGACUUUGCUUGAAAAUGGUCAAUGAUCUUCUUAAAGAGGAAUCAUCAAUUGUGAAAGAUGCGUUUCAGAAACUUGAAGGGUUUGUUAACUCUUUGGAGCAGAGUUCAAAAAGCAUGAGUUUAGAACUGGAGCAAUGCAGACAGGAGAACCUGAAAAAUAAUACAGAAGAGAUAAAUGAGAAACAGCUGAAUGAGGAAUUUUUGCUAAAGAUUGCAAGUGCCAAGAGUCAUUGGGAAGAAUUAGAAAACCAAAUUUCAUCUCUGAAGGAAAGAAAUAUUAUGCUGAAGAAGGAAAAGGAAGAAAAAGAGAGGCAGCUGCAAUUAAUGAAAAUGUGCCAAGAGACUAUUACAAAACAGCAAGCAUCUAAGUUUAAAGAGCUAAAAGAAGAAAAUGAAAAACUUCAAUGCAGUGUCUGUGUGGUCAGGAAAGCAAAUGAUGAACUUCAAAAGCAACUGGAAUAUCGGAAAAAUGAUUUUGAUGUGUUGAAGAAUUCAUCCAAAGAGUCAGUUUCAACAAGUGAAAGUGACAAAAAUUGUUGUAUUCCCUUCUUGGAAGAGGAGGUGGACAAAAUCAAAGAAAACGUAACAAGGCUAGAAUCUGAAAAAACUGAGCUGAUAAAGGAGAUUCACAAGUUGCAAGAAGAGCAACAAGCAUGGUCAAUUCAAAGGAGUGAACUUAGAAUGACACUGGCCGAACUUAGUGCAGAAAGUAGCCAACUCAGAGAUCAAUUGAAAAAAAGGCCUGCUGUGAAUGGGAUAUUCAAUGUCAGAAGAGAUCUUGAACUUGAAAAGGAGGAGGCAGUAAACAAGGCCAAAGAGGAAAUGAAAGUGUCUUUCGAUGAAGUUUGUCUUGAAUUGAAGACUGUGAAGUCAGAACUCAGUAAAGUGUGGGAAAUGCUUGAAAUUAAGGAUAAGCAGUUUGGGGAACGGUCACAGGAGUUGGAAUAUGAACAUCAACAGUCACAGAAAUGGGCUGAAAAGCUGACGCAAUUACGAAAAGACUAUGCCGACCUUGCAGCUAUCACAUCAAGCAGGAGCCAAAUGAUUUGUACUUUAAGAGACGAGUUAGCUCAAAGAUGCUUGGAGAUUAUAGAGCUUGAGUCUGCACUUUCAUCCUCAACUCAGCAGAGAAGUAACUCGGUGGAGACGUCAGCAGGGCUUGCCAAAAGCCACCAGUUAACCAGAAGAAGAUCUGAUGGUGACAUUAAAAAAAGUUGUGGUCCAUGCUGCCUCUCAGCAGAAAAUUGUCUCGCGGAUUGUAUGGGCGUUAAAAUGUUUGCAGCCAAAGACUACUAUCUAAGCAAACGAGUAGAGGAUCUUACAGCUGAUAGAGAUUCAGCGCUGCAGAAUUCUCAGGACCUGCUUCAUGGCAUGCAGCAACUGAGAGAAGCGUAUGAAGAGGAGAUAGGAAGACAUCUGCAGCAAGAGAGCACCAAGUCUGAAAAGGAAAAACUUUUUCAGGUGCAUAAUGAAGAUGACGAUCAGUUAUUUGGUGCAAACUCCAAACUUGAUACGGAGGUCAAGCAGUUAACAGCUCAGAAGGAUGCAUUGGAAGUCAAAAGCAAACAUUUGGAAUGUGAACGCGACGAACUGCGAAACCAGGUGGAAGAACUCUGUAGAAUGAAAACAUCAGUUGAGGAGUACGUCAGUGUUUACAACUACCUUGUGGAAAUUGAGACCGGCCACUUCCUAAAAGCCGUACAAGUUGAUUUGAUUUUGAGUCUUAGGAAGCGCGAGAACAAAACGACGUCAGGGCGAAAAAGGAGCAAGAGUGUUGGUUUCAUGUCACGUGGUUCCAUGCAAGAGAAGACCAAUUGAUAGCCUCUUUCAAGAUGAAAUUGCGCCAAACGUCAUAUCACUUUUCACGUUAAUUAUCCAUGUCGUUUUGCCGAGCUGGACUUUAGGGAAACAAGCUGUGUAAAUCCCAGCCCAGUUACGCUUGCCAUAUUGGAUAGGAUGACUUCUGUUACACCCUCUCGUGGAUUGUUUAUUUAAUAAUUGUUUUUCAUGCAAAACUGUAAAUACAAUCCUUGUUUUAAAAAAAGUUAUAAUAUUUGGUAAAUAAUAUAUUAAACUAUUUCUAGUUGAA